CAGAGUAAAAGUUUUUACCAUCCGUUAAUAUAUUGACGUUGUUAUCGAUAUACUAGUUAAUACUUUGACGAAAAAUUGUUUGAACGUUCCCACCAUAUAUAUCGAUCGUGUUUGACAGAUGAUUAAAAAAUCAAAACAAACAUUUUUGCAACGCUGAAAGAAACCGGCACCUUUUCGGUGAAACGGGAAAAAAAAUUGUUGGACAUGGAAAUCCGUUCCGAGGGCAUGUGAACCUGCUGACGAUGGGUACCGGUCUACAGCAUUGAAAUAAGAGUAAUUCGAGCAGCUCAGCAGCUUUUUCCAGUGUUGAUUGUAGAAGGAAGAAUGGAAAAGAUUGUCCGGAAGACAUUCCGCUGGUGGGGUAUUUGUUACGGGUGCGACCAGCAAGUACGCGGAAAGAACGACGAUGGAACCGAGAGGGACAGCUUAGUUUUAUGGCAAAGCACUGUUGUCACGGAACGGAACCAGUUCAAGAACGGACAGUUUGGUGAUUUUGAUGAAAAAUGUCACGGGUCUUUAGACAUCAGCAAGCGAAAGGUGCUUGGAAUGGAAACCGCAAUCGUGCCCUUCUCUCCUACAUCCGAAUUCUGCCAGAAUAGACUGAAGAUUGCCCCGGGAAUUCCCCACGAACAAAUUUCGAGCCGGUUCCGGGGACUACGGAGGCCGUGCAUCAGCUAUCGAGGUGGCCAUCUUUAUGAAAGCUUUCCCCCUUCCAGCCUGAUUAAGGUUGGUAGCGGGGAGUAAAACAAAAAAGAAAAUAGCAUUUUAUUCACAAAAAACUAAUGAUUGAAGAAAUAUAACACUUUAUGAGAUCAUUGCUGAA